UUUUUCUUCUCGCAGUUCGAUUCGAGUUACUCCUUCCGCCACACUCUCUGUACCUCCCCAACACCACCAACCAUGGCUGAAGUCAUCCACGAAGCUGGCACCGUUCCAGAUCCUACCCAAAUCGAUGUCAAGCUCUUCAACCGCUGGAGCUUUGAUGAUGUUCAGGUUAACGACAUUUCUCUGGCUGAUUAUAUUGGAGUGGUGCCAUCGAAGCAUGCAACUUACGUUCCUCACACUGCUGGUAGGUAUUCGGUGAAGAGGUUCAGAAAAGCGCAGUGUCCCAUUGUUGAGAGGCUCACCAACUCUCUCAUGAUGCAUGGUAGAAACAAUGGCAAGAAACUUAUGGCUGUUAGGAUUAUCAAGCAUGCUAUGGAGAUCAUUCAUUUGCUGACUGACCAGAACCCAAUUCAGGUCAUUGUCGAUGCUGUCAUCAAUAGUGGUCCUCGUGAAGAUGCAACUAGGAUUGGUUCUGCUGGAGUUGUGAGGAGACAGGCUGUGGAUAUCUCCCCCCUUCGCCGUGUUAAUCAGGCCAUAUAUCUUCUAACUACAGGUGCACGGGAAGCUGCUUUCAGAAAUAUUAAGACAAUUGCUGAGUGUUUGGCUGAUGAACUUAUUAAUGCAGCCAAAGGUUCAUCCAACAGUUAUGCUAUCAAGAAAAAGGAUGAAAUUGAGAGAGUUGCCAAGGCCAAUCGUUAAACAGUUCGAGGAAGCAGUAUGGUUGACGAGAAAGAUUUUGUUUCGAUCUUUGUACUUCAUUUAUUGACCGUGGUUAAUUAUGUAUCUUAUGUAAUACUUUUGCUGGCUUUUAGUUACCUUUUAUCUGUUAUGGAUGAUUUUGUUGCUUGGACGUAAAUUUGAGUUCCGAGGACCGAGACCAUGAGUUUUAGUACUAGCCUGGUUCAUAUAUUACCAUAUGAUGAUUUCAUUUCAUGGUCGUGUGUUUCCUUUCUAGCCUUGACAUGUUUUAUUUCUGCCCAAACUUAAAUUAUAAACUUAUUAGGAUAGUAAACACUUGUAAUUUCAACGUACGGAUAUUCGAAUAUUGUAAAGCAGUGAUGAGUCUUCUCAUGAGCGAGUAAUUUUGGGUAGGAGACUCCGAUGCGAUUUCAAAGAUUCCAAAUAGGAUAUGGCUUUUUCCCUAAGCCCUUUUAAAGGGUAAGCUUCAUAACGUAAAUUUUACCCGGAAGAGGCACAAUAUUUGAGUAACGGCGUUUCUAUUAAUAUCGUGGGCAAGAAUGGGUUGAUCAUGGAUAGUGUGCUUGAGACAGCAUUUGAUGGAUAGUGGAAUAAACGAUGUCCAAUUUUCUUUGGGAUAACAAAAUGAAAAAAAUUACUAGAUUUAUUUGAGAAAUUUAAUGUUGAAUUUGUCACUCUGGUAAUUUCAUGAGAAUUAUAAAUAUAAACUUGCUAGCCUUUGAGUAUUGGACACAAUAUUUAUGAAUGUAGACGUGAUUAAUGUUACCCUCAAGUAAAAUCUGGUAACCUUAAAGAUUUCGGAUUUUUUUUUUUUUUUAACUUUGGGAAUGUAAAUAGGUUCUUUUAAGAUUUUGAAAUUAUGAGUAUAUGAUUUUUAUAUAUAAAAAAUUAUUAAUGUAUUUUGCCAUAGUUUUGAACGCAUUUAAAUCGUAAUUUCUAAUAAAAAUCUUAUUGAUUUUCAAUUAAUAUUUUCAAGACACUCACUGACAAGACUUAAUAUACUUUUGUUAAUAUGCAUUUAAACUAGAUUUGUUUCAUGAACCAAAACAAAAUAUGGAUUGGUUGAGCUUGAUGGGCUAGGUUCGGGUUGCAGUAAACCCGGUCCAUAAACUAUCUCCCUGUAGUGGCAAUCCUGCUCAGCUCUUCCCCACACGAGAUCGGCAAAAUGGAGGAACAAGUCCAAGUGAACCCUAACCCCAACCCUAACCCUAACUCGCUUAACCCACUCAGUGAGUCCUCCGCGUCGCCCUCGUUCGCCGCCGACGACGACGAACCAAUUCUGAGUUCUCAUACACUCGCCGCCCUCAAAGAAUUCCUCGCCGAGCAGCAGAGCCACUCCAAUGCGGAGGUUGUUUUGGUCUCCGAGGAUUGGAGGUUGAGCCAGUUCUGGUACACCCCUGAAACUGCUAGAACCGUCGCCGAAGAGGUUCUCACUCUCUGCCAUGGCCUCCAUUCUCGCGUUGCCUGCAUUGCUUGCCCUACUCUCUAUUGUUAUCUCAAGGUUUCUUAUACCUUUUCACUUCUCUCCCUUCGAAGUUUAAGUUUUAUUUAUCUUUUAAUUUACCAUUUUGCUCAGGUGAGAGUGAUUGGUAUUGGCCACUGUAAAUAGUCAGAACUCAAAUGUGUGAAAUUAAUGUGUGUGAGUUUGAGAGCCUUCCUAUAUAUAUGUUUUCCAUUCAUAAUUUUGGUGUGAAAUUCACAAGAUAGUUUGAACUGUUAAGCAGUGUAUUUAUAACUCAGAUUACGUUUGAAGUCUGUUAUUGUAAUCUUUUUGAUUUGUAUAUAAGAUUGGAGUGUAGGGUAUUAACUUAAAGUGGAAGAUGUUUACAAUAAUAAAGUGAUUUAUUGAUUCCUAUUGCUCCAUCUUUUUUGUUUUUGAUCGGUUUAGUGUUUUUCUGUUUGCUUUUGCUGUAUUAGUUACAUUCCCUUUUUCCUUUCUUCAAUAUUACAGAAAAUGGAUCCUAAUGUUUCUGUGCAACUUCUUGAGUAUGACAAACGUUUUGAGCAAUACGGAAGUGAUUACACAUUUUAUGACUACAAUCACCCUGUGGUGAUACCAUCUGAAUUGAAGCAUUCCUUCAAAGUUGUGGUUGCAGAUCCUCCAUACCUGAGCAAAGAGUGCUUGGAGAAAGUUUCUGAGACAAUUCCUUUGCUCAUACAACCUGGAGAGUCAUUUUUGCUUCUACUUACAGGUACCAAUGAAGCUUAACCUGUUGUGUUUUGUAUCACUGCUCUGGAAAUGAUGAUUUACUCUCAAUGGUGAAGUGCAGAAAGAAAGGGCAGCACAGAUCUUGGGCUUGCAUCCUUGUGGUUUUAGGCCUCAUCACUCCAGCAAACUUGGAAAUGAGUUUAGGCUGUUCUCAAACUAUGACCCUGGAACGAGACUAGGAGGGUGGGAAAAAUAGGUACUUUUCUUUUUGUAGCCUUGCAUUUGAUGUCUCUAAUUAGAUAUCUGUAAAAAGUUGAAUAUAUUUUGCCCUACAGCUGCCCACACACUAAUGGAGAUGAAUGAAAAUAUAGUCGGAAAAAUAAAUAAAUUUAGGGACAAUUUUUUUUUCUAUUUUCUUUUUAGUUCACAUUUUAAUAUUUUCUUUCUCCCUUUGUUUUCUUUCUUCUAAAACAAUUUCGUGCAACAUAUGCUAUGUAAUGUGUCUAUGCAACAAAGUGUGGGUCAGUUGUGGAUUUUCCAAUAUGAAAAUGAUAUAUAGGCGUAUGAAGCUGCAAUUUCAGAUUUGGUGUCUCGGUGAUUGAAUGAUCUUGUCUGCCACCACGAGGACAUUGAGGCUAUUCUUCUUCAAUUACUUAUCAAAUACGCACCACAUUUCUGUAUCAUUACAAUGACAACAAGCUUGAUUUUGACUUUGGUUUGUAUGAGUUAUCGUCCAUUUCUCUCAAUUUCUUGUAAGAGGCAUAGUUUUAAGGUGUAUUAGAUUAUGAGUUUAUAAUGGACCUAUUAAAAUAACUCUCUUC